AUGUCGAUCCUGGCCCACUCUGCCGUCUCAACCACAGCCACGGCCGCUGCUCUCGGACGCUUCCACACAACCAAGGGUGACUCUUUUGGACGGCAACGGUCUUCCUCCUUCAACAAAUCUUCACCUUACCUUCCGCCAGCAGCAGGAACAGGAGCAGGAGUUGGAAAGUCCUCCUUGGCCACAGCCGACUCGCUCAGCAGGGAUCCUGGCUCUCACCGUGAUCUGUCAGCACCCCUAUCUGCUCCUCCUAGUCAAUCAGACUCCGAGAGCUCCUCGCCCUCGUCCUCAAGCAAGGCUCAAUCCCAAUUUGUUAUCGACAAUCUUGACCGGAAUAACUAUGCCCAGGCUUCCUACAACAACAACAGCCACAACAUUAAUAAUAGCAUGUCUCGUCAGUCCAGGUUAAGCCUCCCUUCGCCAACAGACAUCAACAGCGACGCACAGGGAGACCAGGCACAAACCAACGCACCCAUGAUCUGUACCGGCCGUAGCAGGAGCAACACUCUCACCAACACGGGGACCGCUCCUGCCGAAGUAGCCGCUGCUGCUAUCAACACCCAAUUCGACCAUAUUAUGAGGCCCCGCCGUCCCUCUCUUGUUAACCGCCCGACAGGAUCUAUUAGCCAUGUUUCUCCUCCCUUCACUCAGCAGGACAUCAACAACAACAACAACAACAACAUGAACAAUACCGUUGGCCCAGCUGCACCAAGUCGACACUUCUAUCCACCCACCUCUGUCUUGCCCCAAUACCACGACGUCCCAACUACCGACAGCGAUAACGACAACCUCGAAACUGCAAACGGAACCUCAACUGGCCCAUGGGCCAGCUACCAACUCGGCUUUCUUCCGCGUAUCUUGGUCUUGAUUGGCCUGUUUGGAAUGUCACUGGGCGGCCUCUACCUUCUUGCCCAGGUCCUCCCUCCCUUGUCACUGCCAAAGUCGAUUGAUGAUGUCAAGGUCGAUGCAGAGAUCCUGGAAGAUUUUGCGACGGCGACCUAUGAGGGAUGGAUCAGGACCUUCUGGGUCUUCAGUGUCGUCUACAUGUGGAAACAAUGCUUCGGUAUUCCCGGCAGUGCUUUCUUGAACAUUCUGGCUGGUGCAUUGUAUGGACCCUGGUUCGGAACCGUCUUGACCUCGCUUUUGACGACUCUUGGAUCGGUUCUAGCCUAUUUUAUGUCGUUCUUCCUUAUGGAACCCAUUAUGAACCGAUACGCCUCCACCCGUCUCGACCAGAUGCGUACACAGAUCCAGAAAAAGACUUCCCGUUCUUCUGGAAAGUCGUCAAAGACCACCUCGACCACCUCAACUGCCACUUCGACCUCUUCUUCCCUCUCAACUUCUGCCUCAGCUGUCUCGGCUGGCCCAACUACCUCAAGCAGAGGCACUCUUCGCACGCGCUCGUCGUCAUUCACCAUCCGCAAGACCGAUGGUACAGAUCAGGACAUGUCGUCGAUCUAUUCUUAUCCCCACCAACUUGCCGCUGCCAACGUGCUCUCCUCGACUGCAGUAACGCCUAACCAUCGCGACGACAUUGAGAUCCACGAGAGUGAGGGAUUGUUGAGCGAGGAGAACAACAUUGAGAAAGUAUCCACCAACAACAACGACGACCGACUUUUGGAUAUGGAUGGCUUCUCCAAGGAGGUUGAAGGUAGUGAGGAUGACCAGGAUGACGAGGAAGGCACUAGUCUGUUUAUGCAGCUCUUGUUGAUCCGUCUGUUCCCUCUGACACCCUACUGGUUCAUCAACCUGGCCAGUCCUUUGGUCGGUGUCCCUGUCAUCCCCUUCAUGACCUCCAUGUUCCUCGGAUGCAUGCCUUACAACUACAUUUGUGCACAGGCAGGAGCUAUUUUAGGCGAGAUCAACGAGUUACGCGACAUUUACCAACAGCCUUGGAUUAUGUUCCAAAUCGUCAUGGUCUUGGUGCUGUCUUCGGUGGCGGUCUGGUUGAGUAAGCGGACCAAGAAGCAGCAGAUUGAGAAGGAGCAAGGAGCUAAGAGCCGAUCUAGCGAGGAGGAGAUUGGCGAAGAUGAUGGUGAUGAGUCGACUCACAGUUUGCUCAGACAGCAUCGGUUUGUUGUGAGCGAUCAUACCAACAACAACAACAACCGUCAGGAUGAGGAGUUGGAUACUAUUGAAGAGAGCGUUCCCAUGUCUGUCCUCGGACCUUAUGAUCGAGUCCCCUCCAGGAAUAGCAAGCGCGACUCUGCCGUCAUCGACAUGUCAGCCUACCAACACUAG